AUGUCAAAGAGAGCAACACUUGAGGAUCCAAAUGGGACAUUAUGGACAAUAGAGUUGUUGAAGUCUGCUGAUGGUAUGGUUAGGUUUCAGAAAGGCUGGCAAGAUUUUGCAGAUUUUUACUCUCUUAAGAAAGGAGAUUUGCUAGUUUUUGAAUACAAGGGAAAUUCCAGGUUCUCUGUAUCCAUGUACAAGGAAAUGGACUACCCAGCUGGUAGUAUUGAUUCAGUAAGCAGUAACCAAUUUGGACACCAUGAGGAAGACAUGGAAGAUGAAGAUUAUCUUGAAUUAUUGGCUAAACUGCCAAAACAAAAAUCAGAAUUGUCCUAUUCAUUUUCCAAGCCUGCUUCUGAUUCACCUAGCUGUAUGAUCAUAAAGAGCGGAAGAUCCAGGAAAAAGCUAAAAUCUUAA